AUGCCAUAUACAUUGAAGGGACGGAAUGUUUUGGUGACUGGUGGCUCGAGGCAAGCAUUGACAACACCAAGAUCAGCUACGACCUCUAAUGAAGAAUCUUUCGCUGCGGAAGGUUCUAACCUUGUGGUCAACUACGUGAGCAGGAAGGAUAGGGCCGACCAGGUGGCCGAGAAAUGCCGCAAGGAAUUCGGAGUCAAAGUCGUGGUUAUUCAAGCAGACAUUGGUGUAGCUGAAGACAGCAUCCGCCUCGUCAAGGAGACUGUUCAGCAACUCGGUGGGCUUGAUAUCAUUAUCAACAAUGCUGGGUGGACGAGAUUCGCCAACUUUGGUGAUAUCAACGACCUUAGCCACGAUGAGUGGAACAAGUGUUGGUCCACGAAUGUGAUGUCCCAAUUGGUCUUGAUGCAGGAAGCUGCUCCCAUCUUCAACGCCAAUCCAGACGGUGGAGUCUUUCUCAUUUCGUCCUCGAUUGCUGGGAAAGUGUGUAGUGGAAGCAGCAUGGGCUAUUCAGUUACCAAGGCUGCCGGCCUCCAUCUCAUGAAAUGUCUUGCCUCCACACAGGGGCCAAAGGUCAGAGUCAACGCUGUCUUGCCAGGCCUGCUGUUGACCGAGUGGGGUCUUCGAUAUAGUGAAGAAAGAAUCCAAGCUGCUAAGAACGCUGCCGCGUUGAAGCAUGAGACCUAUUUGGAGGAUUGCGCAGAUGCGUACAUCUCCACGGCCAAGAACACGUCUAUGACCGGCCAGCAAAUUGUAGUUGACGCCGGCAUGGUCAUUGCAUAA